GGAUAAUUUUAGCCUCUGUUCUGCUGACUGGACGAGCGUUGGAAACAGCCGGGGAGACUGACCCGGACUCACGGGAGGACCCAGCUGAAAUGGCCACCAAAGCGGUAGACCUGCUGUACUGGCGCAGCCUCCCCCAGACCGGGGUGGUGUUCACAGGGCUGGUGGUGGUGCUGGCCAGCAUGUUCCAGCUGAGCACCAUCACCGUGCUGUCCCACCUGCUGCUGGCCCUGAUGGGGUUGACCACCGCCCUCCGCCUCUACUACAAGCUGCUGGAGCUGCUGCGCUGGAACCCGGGCCUCCACCCCUUCCAGUCUCAGCUGGACGAGGACGGGACCCUGACGGACGAGGCCACGGUGGCCGUGGUGGAGGGCGCCGUGCUGCGCAUCGCCUUCGCCCUCACCGAGCUCAAACGGCUCGUCUUCAUCGGCAGCGUGGUCGACUCCAUCAAGUUUGCCGUGUUCCUGUACCUGCUGACCCACGUGGGCGUGGCCACGAGCGGCCUCACGCUGGUCAUGGCCUGUGUGAUCACUGCCUUCUCUGUGCCACUCCUCUACAGAAAGCAACAGGUCCGGAUAAGGAGGUUGUCUCGCUCCCUCCGUACCACCACCAAGAGGAUCAAAACCAUGUUUAUGAGCAUGUACAGGAAGGUCAUUCCCGCCUCUGCAGCUGCGUCUGACCACGCCCCCACGCCCCCUCCAACACCUGCAAGCCCCGCCCCCAAACAGAAGGCCAAGGCCAAGUAACAAGAUGGAGGGGAAGACGAUGAAGACGAUGAAGUUCUGUCACCACACGAGGAACUCUGUGUUCUGUCUGGCGCAGGAAGUGUGUUCCUGUCGCCUAUUCCUGUUGCGUCUUCUCUGUGUGUUCAAAGAGUCCUCCUGGUUUUAUUUAAAGAGUCCGUCGGUAAAGUUUACAGCAUUGUCACUCGUGACAGGAAAUAGAGCGUAUUCAGUUGGCGGCCAUCUUGGGCAGUUGGGUGGCAAAAAGCUUCUAGAAACUACGAGGAAACCAUGACAACUCAACGGAGAAGCCUUCUGAAUUCAUUCUCACAAUAAACAUAAGAAGUUGUCAUGGUUUCCGAACAUUGUAGAUGGUUUACCCGCCCGAUCGACCAAGAUGGCCGCCGGUUGGUCUCUCUGCGAUUUGUUCUGCUCCCCGGUGUCGCCGCUGAACCACCGAGGUGUCGUUUGGUCUUAAAGUCUUAAAGUUAUUUAUGUAAGGAGCAGCGAGAGCUCAGCGCUGCCACAGAAUUAUUUAGACCUCCUGAAGAAGCUAAAUCAAUUUAUAACAAUUAGAAUUUAUUCAGAACCGCCAACUCUCACACAUUGAGGGUGAAACUUAAUUCACCCUCUCACACGCACUCAGGCCGGACCUCCUAUUUCUACCUAAAAUAAUGUGCUAUAUCACUAUCACGCAAACUUAUUCAAUAAUAUAACUUUGUAUGUAAUCAUAUGAUGCCAACUAAGGCUGUGGUCCCGUCAUCUACUCAAAAAGUUGAUGGCGCAUCUACAUUGCUCUGUACGGUAAAGCACAUGGUGCCUUCCAGUGCACCUUGUAAACUCGUAAAGUCGAGUACAUAUAAAGACAUAUGUACUCGACUUGCCAAGAAAGUGGUUUGAAACGGGACCAUUUCUUACACUAUGUAGGCCGAUAAUUCAUAGACAAUUCAGAAAAUAAUUAUCACAUUUUCUUCUACCUACUUCAUCAUAUUCUUAUUGAACGUGUCUCCAGGAGACCUCUGUGAUGAUUUUCAAGUUGUUUUACUAAUAAUAAUAAUAAUUCAUUAUAUUUAUAUAGCGCUUUUCAAUGACCCAAAGACGCUUACAGAAGGGGGGGACCUAACUCACCACCACCAGUGUGUAGCACCCACUUGGGUGAUGCACGGCAGCCAAUCUGCGCCAGAACGCUCACCACACACCAGCUUGAGGUGGAGAGUGAGGGAAUUGAUGAGUCAGCCAAUUGUACUGUGUGACGUUUUAAUAAUUAGAUGCUCAAUCAUAUAUAUUUGUAUAGGCCUAUAAGCCUAUGUAUACGUAUGUAUGUAUGCAUGUAUAUAUAUGUGUAUGUGUACAUAUACACACAUAAAUACACACACAUAUAUAUAUACGUAAAUAUAUAUAUAUAUAUAUAUAUAUAUAUAUAUAUAUAUAUAUACAUAUUAUAUAUAUAUACACACACAUAUAUAGUAAGGCAAACUUAGAGGUCAGAAUAAGAUGGAAGGAGAGAGGAACAGAAGGAUUAGUACGUAAGUGUUGAACCAGAAAAUUAUGGAGUUUGUAGAAAACAAUUAGGUUUGAUUUUCUGAAAGCAUUUUUUUUUAUAUAUAUAGUAAUAAAUGUGAAUUAGGCAUUUCUUUCACAUGUAAUAUUAAAAGAUGCUGUAGUAAAAUGUGUUGAAAAUCAUCACAGAGGUAUUAUUUUGAUUCGAUUUUCUAUAUUUUUUUUAUCUGCCUACAUAGACAUACUUAUGUCAACACCUGCAGUCAAGUAUAUGUUUCAAUAAUUUAAAAUAAGAAAGAAAAAUAUAUCAUUCCUGUUUUAAACCACUUUCUUGGCCAUUCAAGUAGAUAUUCUAGUUGCCUUGGUGCACUGGAAUGCGCCAUGAAGUCACUUUACCGUACAAAGCAAUGCGCAAUCGCUUUGCUAGGUGUCGGGUGGUUAUGGUUUGGGUGAGGAUUAGUAGAAUUUAUGAAACAAGGGAAUUAGGUGUGAACAGUCUUCUGCGCGUGGUAGUGACCCAGAAAGGAACCCAAACAAAUAUGACAGCCCUGGUUAUAGUAAACAUGAUUCAUUUUAGUUUUCGGCGCUUGGUGAUGAGGUCGACUCCAUAGAAAUAGCAGACGCUCUUCCAGACAGAUUAAUAGUCACUGGGGUCACUGGAAAGUCUCACUGGUCAGGUAAUUUCUUCAUCUGGUCCGGGUAUUUUUUAUAAGCAUAUGAGCACCUUACCAGCCAAUACCAACACUCUGCCAAACGAACCAAUAGAAGAAAUGGUCUUUAGGUUUUAUUUCCAUGUAGCUCCCGGUUUGUACUCAACAGUUAAGUUAUGUUUGGGGUGUUGCAUAUUAAUUCAUAACUCAUUAUUUCCACUAUAGGGCAGACAUUAACCAUUAACAAAGUCAUGGGCAUGUGUGAACUUUAAAAUAUGUGUGACUACGGUGGGGAUCGACCGGUGCUUUCAGCUGGGAAACAGCCCCCCCCCCCCCCCCUUCAUGUUUUAGUGUUAUGUCAUGUUGUUUUGUAUUAACAUUCACUAUGUUGCUCCCAAAUAAAGUUAUCGACAAACGAAA